UCUGUUUCUCCCAUCAUCCUUCAUCAUGGUCUCGCCAUCAUCUGCCUGUCCUUUCUGUAAUAUUGCGAGCGCAUAUCCACCAGUCGCACCCUCCGCCUUUCUCAACCUACCUCAUCCAACAUCCACCGCCCCGUCGCCGCUACUACCCUCGAACCCAGACACCCAGGCGCAUCUCAUCCUAUCUACCCAACAUGUCCUCGCUUUUCUCGACAUCAUGCCCCUCACCAAGGGCCACAUCCUUGUCGUUCCGAGGGAGCAUCAUGAGAAAUUAGCCGAUGUGGGCGUCCGAAUCAGUCGAGAAAUCGGUCAAUGGCUCCCUGUUAUAUCCCGUGUCGCGAUGCGGACCCUCUUCGGCGAAGAGGCUGCGUCUGAGUCUGGUUCGAGUUCGCGUUGGAAUUGGAACGUCGUGCAGAAUAACGGAGUGAGCGCUGCGCAACUCGUGCCCCACGUUCAUUUCCAUGUGAUCCCCAGGCCGGCAACGAAUGCGCCGCCGAGCGGUGGCAAGGUGAGUUUCGUCAUGUUUGGACGGGGCCAGAGGGACGAGUUGGAUGAUGAGGAGGGGGAGGCGCUGGCGAGGCUGUUGCGGGAGGAUUUGGCGCGGGAGGUUCAGAGGGUGAUGAGAGAGGAGGGUGUGGAUUUGAAUGGGCAGGAUGGUGAGGAUGGGAAGGUGUUGGGGAAGUUGUGAUAUGUUGCUUUGAUGUCUUUUGCUUGCUCUCUCCCGUUUUCUAAUCAAAUGGAUGGCCUUCUGGUUUGGGAGCUUGGGAGAUAUACAUUGGUAGGCGUUGAAGGCUGAUAAACUCGGUUGGAAUAAAUUUUGAUAUAU